AAACACUACUAUUAAACUUUAAAAUAAAUAUUUGAAAUCAUAUCUAUUUUAUACUUCUAUUAUCGAUAAUGAUAUCAUAUCACUCUAAUCUACUUAACUAUGAAAACAAAUCAAGAACAAUUUUAUAUAGGUGAAAGAGUACUAUGCUAUGAACCUGACUUAAAUCUUGUCAAAAAAUUAUAUCCAGCCAAAAUUGUUGACAUAAAAUUUCAAUCACUAAAAAAUGGUAAAAGAGCUACCACAUUGUAUUGGAUUCAUUUUAUUGGUUGGAAAAAAUCUUGGGAUUGGCAUGUUGAAAAAGAUUAUCUACUAAAAGAUAAUCCAGAAAAUAGAGAACUCAAAAAACAAAUUGACAAAAAAUACUUACCCCUUUCUAAAAAAAAAUUAGCUUUAAAAAGAUUGGCAAGAAGAGAUAAAAAUAUAUACCAACCAUCACGUAACUUUACAGAUCGAUGGUCAUCACAAAGAAAAGAAUAUAUUAGUGAGAUACCACCUACAAUUAAAAUAACUCAAGAUGAUAUAGGCUAUACUAUUCCACAAAAUCCAUCCAUUUCAGAACAUGAAUUAAUAAAAAUACCAAAGAUAAAUUUCCCAAAUUGUUUACAAAAGAUUCUUGAAAGAGACAAUUAUUUAGUUAUCCAAGAAGAUAAAAUCCCUCUCCUUUGUCACCUUAACCACUCCACUAACAAAAUCAACAAAUCAUUUAAAAGUGAUACAAUCAAAGAAUCAUUUCCAUAUAAUUCUCCACAAAACAUUUUGUUUAUAAUGGAAACUUAUAUAAGAGCUUUUCCUAAACUCAUUGCAUCUCUACCAAAUACUAAAAUAUUUAGUAAUAUAAAUCAAGCAGAUAUAAGUGGUGAUCAGAAAUCAAAAUUCAUGCAUCAUCAUGAUUGUAAUCAAAAUAUUCUUUACCAAAUCUUUACCACCAGUUUAAUUGGUCAAGCCAAAUUGAAAUCACCACAAAAAGAUUUACACAUGUGCAAAGAAACAUUAGAUGGUUUAAGGAGAUGCUUUGAUUAUUUACUGACUUUAAGACUACUCUAUGCACGAGAAAAAGAAGUUUUAACUUUUUGCCAUCCUGAAGAAUUUAAAUCAAAUAACCAACGUUUUAAGCCCGAGAAUAUUAACACCAAACUUGACAAGCAAAAUAAAUACUCCAACAAAAAAUUUAAAUUGGGUGAAAGUUUUAUGGAUUACACAUCUUGUCAAAUAACAAAUAGGAUCGUUACCGCUCUACCCUUUCCUUAUGAAUCUCUACUCUUGCCAAAUAUUUAUCGAAAUCAAUUUCUCAAUCUGGAAAAUCUAAAUACUCAUAUUAUCGCUUCUGAACCUUCCACAACAAAUGACAUUAAAACUGAAAAUACUUUUGAUUCAGCUUUUAUAGGAGGGAUAACAAACGAUAUUUACUUAGACCAUAUUCUUCCGCAAAAUUUUUCAGCCAACCUUAGUCCAACAUCUCCUUCCUAUAUAUUUGGAAUUGUUCAUUUACUUCGUUUCUUAGCCAUCCUUCCAGAUAUACUUAACCAAAACAAUGUUUUGUUGUUGUAUCCCAAAGUGUUUGCUAGUCAAAUUGAUCUCUUCUUGCAGUAUAUAGCCCAAAAUCAACAGAUUUAUAUGCAAUCUUACGUUUACGUUAACGCAUCUCAGCUCAAAGAUUGGAUUACUAAAACAAAUUUGACGAGGUUAAGGAUAAGUCAGAAAAAGAACAAAAGAAUAUCAAAUAAGCUCUUAAAAAAUACAAAAAUGACGGAUGAAUCAAACACCACAAAUAAAAUAUUAAUCUAAAAAUCAUAAAUCUCUUCUUUUGGGGGAUUUAUGAAACAAAUUUUUGAAAUGUAUUAUAUUAAUAUAUAAUUUAUCAUUGUAUAUAAAUCAGUUAAUACAUAGGCCAUUAUUUAU